GGGUACAGGUCGCUUCCGCUCUUAGGCGGUGCGGGCGGCUCUCCGAAAAAAAAUGGCGGCGCCUUCUUCCCGCUCGACCUCCAGCUACCGGCCGGCCCCCCUGGCCUCGCUGCCCCGGGAGCUUGACCCGAACGAGUACAACGAGUCCCCGGAGAAGCGCCAGGCCCAGGCGGAGCGUCUGGCGCUCCGCGCCCGCCUCAAGCGCCAGUACCAGACGCAGCUCAACGACCCGCACCAUACGCAGCCGAUCGAGGACCCUGCCCUGAACCGUUGGACCUAUGCUAGAACGUACAACAUUUACCCCAAUUUCCGGCCCACUCCCAAGACUUCCCUGUUGGGUGCGUUGUCUGGGUUAGUACCCAUUUUCGUCUGGUGGUAUGUCCUCAAAGCUGACAGGGAUCGUAAAGAGAAACUUAUUCAGGAAGGCAAGUACAAGCGACCAUUUGCUCUUGCUUUCUAAGUUCCUGGGAAUUGGAUGUUGCAGUGCUGCUGUUGGGCUAUUCAUAGAAAGUGCUGUGUAUUGUACAUUGAUGAAAAGACAUCCUCUAUCAAAAUAAACUUUAUAUUAUUACAGUCA